AUGACACUCCUCAAGAUGUCAUGGGGAAAGCUCAAACUUGUCCGCAGAAUCCAAUGCCGCAGGCUAGCCAAAAGAUUGCAAAGACUCCCCAGCCCGCCGGCCGACACGUUACCAAUUCUACCCAAAGCCCCAACACAUGAACCAACAGCCCAGCUUGACCAUGGCCCAUUGAUGUGCUUCACUGACCAGCCUCCAGAAGCUUGGCUGCGUGUCGUCCUGGCCGAGGGCACCAAGCCCGCGGCAAUCCCAGCUUACUCGCAUUAUGGACCAAGGUCGCCGGCCAAGUUCAUGUUUUCGCCGGCGCCAUCAAGUCCGAUUGACUGGAGUCGACAGGGGGCCGCAGGCUCUGUAUUCACCAUCAAAAUGAGCGGCCGCGACGAGGAAGAGUUUGACCCUGCCCCUGAAUGGCCGGCUGGACGGCUCCGGAAUUGGUUGCCUGAUGAGCUCUGGGUCUCGCAGGUUAGGUUCAAGAGCGCCGAGCUAAGUAACCUUGUGAAUGAGGUAUGA